AUGGCUACUAGAGGUAGAGGCGGCAAGUUCAUGAAGCCCAAGCGCGGUGGCGGCAAGCACUUCAGCAGAGAUCUCCGUCCCGUUGACGCCGAAGGCGCUGAGAAGAGCAUGUGGGCAUCAGACUCGGAAAACUCGUCGUCCGAGGAGGAGUCGUCUUCAGAGGAGGAGUCGAGCGAGGAGGAGGCACCCAAGCCCGUCGAGCAGGAAAUGACCCGUGAGCAAAGACGUGAGGCAGCCAAGGCACGCAAGGCCGCAGCCAUCGCAAAGAAGAAGGGACCCGUCCAGGUCGGAGACAUGCCCUCAGAUAGCGACUCGGACUCAUCAGACGAUGACAUGCCCGCAAACCCCAACCACACCGCAAAGGCCGCCAAGAUGGCCGCAAAGCCCGUAGUUGCUGGAUCCGACGACGAGGCACCCAGAAAGAAGUCAAACAAGCCCACCGACAUGUCGCAACUGUCCAGAAGAGAGCGCGAGGCGCUGCAAGCACAACAAGCCAAGCAGAGAUACGAAAAGCUGCACGCCGAGGGCAAGACGGAACAAGCCAGAAACGAUCUGGAGAGACUGCAACUGGUCAGACAGCGCAGAGAGGAAGAGGCAGCACGCAAGGCAGCUGAGAAGGCCGAGAGAGAAGAGCACGAGAAGGAAAAGGCCGAGCAGCUGGCUCGCAUGGAGAGACAAAGAGCAGCAGCCGCAGCCAAGAAGGCCCGUGGCAACAAGAAGAAGUAA